ACCACACCCGUCCACUCGUCAAGCUCCCACGCUGAGCCUGAGCGCAUGGAGAGUAGCAGGUCGUUGCGGCACCUCGCCGAGUACGAUGACUUCUUCUUCGGGUGGCUCGACGACAGCGCACGGCACUCGCCGCCGUCCUUGGACCACCUCGUCCACGGCGUCGGUCAUUCCUUCCAAAUCUCAACGUCGUCCUCCUUCAUCGACUUGUACCCCCGCGACGAUCUCUUCUCCAUCGACUUAACCACGGCGGCGAGUGACUUCGACUUCGACCUGCCGGUAGUAGACGAUGCCGCGCCGUCCCCGAUGAUGCCGCAGAUCAGCGCGAGCCGCCUCCUCCCCUGCGAGCCCGGAGGCGGCUCCGGCGCGCAAGAAGACGGCGACGAGUCGGUGUCGGUGAUCACCAGUCGGUAUCAUCACUCUGCGGACGCCCCGAGCGCGCCGUGGUUGUCAGCCUUCUCGUCGCCGGUCUCCCACUCGGCGCGGAGCACGCUAGUCUCGCUGAGUGCGUGCUCCAUCGCGACGAGCAAGCACGCCAGGCCGCGGCCGGCAGCGUUGUGUGCCGGGAGGCGGCGCGCGGGGUCGUCGCCAUGGAAGGUGCUGCGUUUCCUGAUGCCCCUGUACCGGAAGGUCAGGGCGAUCGCGCGGAGGCACAGCAGGUUCACGUUGGCGCGCGGGGCCACGUCGAGCGUCGCGUACCACGGCAGGGCCGACACGGACGUCCAUGACGUCAUCCUCUAUUGCAAGAAGUCCAGCGGAUCAGGUGUGCAGGAGACUAAUCGCAUGUCAGCCACAUGAUCUUCUAAAUCCGUGACAGGUUAUCUUCUCCUGUAUCGCAAAAACACGACGUUUUGGAGGUUUCUAUACUGUACCUCGGUCUCAAAAUAUUAACACGAUGUUUUAGCCUACAAAAACAUCUUAUAUUUUAAGAUGGAGGUAGCAUGUAACAAAAAAGGAAAAUAAAAUAUCCUAACAAUAUUUUUUUGAGGUAAGAUUAUACAUAUGAUUUUUUUUCAAUUUCUAAUCUGUAUAACAAAAUGUUAUUUAUUUUUGAUGAAAAUGGUAUUGGAAGCCUUGAUUGAAAAAUAUGUAUUAAUGAAUCAAAGAACAAUGUACACAUUUACAAGGCUUGCCAACUACUACCACUUUGGGUAGGGUCAAAGAGAAAUAAAAUGCUUGUAACCUAUAGUUGUAAAAACUUAGGGGACAGAUGCCACAAAGGCAGCAAUAAAGUGCUUGCAUGCUUCUGUAAAA